UGUACAACCAUUAGUUGAACCAUGUAGAUUACAUCAAGAUGACAUUGAUAAAUUUGAUGAAGCUAUUUAUCCUCUUCCUCCAUCUUGUCUGGUAUCAGUACAUGCAUCACCUAAUGCUGAUCCUACACUACAUUACUCAGUACCACUGGAAGGAGUGGCUCAUCCUGUUACAUUAUUGAUUGACCAAAAACUUCAACUGGAAAAAGAUGUAUUAGAACUUAUUGCCAGUCAUAAAACUACUUUUGAAAAAGAAAAAGAUAGAGAACUUGCUGAGUUAACAAAGAAAUUAUACGAAUCACUCCAGAAACAGUCAGCAAUAGCUAAAGAAAAGCAAGAGUUAUCAGAAAGAUUGCUAGCAUUGAUAAAAGAACAAGAAUUACCCAAACAACUUGGGCCUGAUGUCAAAGAAGAACAAGAGCUUAAAUUUGAGCUUCAAGAAAAAAAAGCUAUCUUUGAUACAUAUUUUUCUAAGCAGCAGAAUCAAGAGGUAGUUGAAGAAAUGCUACGAACAGAUAUAUAUUUAAAAGACAAAGCAAUAGCAGAUCUUGCGAAGGAAAAGUCUCAGCUUUUAGUAGAAAAAUCUCAGCUUUUGGAAGAAAUCAGGAAACUAAAAGAUAAAUUAAAUGAAAAUGAUUUCAAAACUCAGCUUAAAAAAACAAAUUCAAAAAUCUACUCAAAUGAAGAGAAAAUAUUCACUGAAGGGCAAGAUGCUAUGGCUAUGGCUCAUUCAGCUGAUUAUGGUGGUGAGCUACAUAUGCCUAGUGACAGUGAGAGAGGUUAUGAGGCACUACCUAAAGGUAUAGACCGAUAUGAGUUGGCCAUACCGCAACAAGAAAUGACCAAGACACCAUUGACAAUAAUGGUGCUUGGUAUGACAGGAGCAGGAAAAUCAACACUCAUCAAUUCAAUGCUGGGUAGGAAGGCAGUCAUAGCACCAGAUGAUUUAUUCCCUGGCACACAUGAUACAAUAAAAGAACACACUGGCUCUGUCUAUGGUACACCAGUGGUGUUUUAUGAUACAAGAGGUCUGGGAGACCCAUUCCUAAAUGAUAAAGAGUUGAUGAAGAAGUUUAAACAGAAGAUUGUUCAAUGUGCUGGUGAUCGGUUCACAAUCCUUAUAUGCCUGCGAUUUGUAGACAGGCUUGAUGAGUCAGUUAAGUAUUUUCGAGAUUUUCUUGCAAAAUUGUUUAAGAAUGAUGAUGCCAUAUGGAAGAGCUGCAUCUUAGUACUAACACAAGUCAAUAAGUUUGAUACUUAUGAUUAUGAAAGUGAUGAAGAGGAUGAAGGCGAAGAAAAUAGGAGUUACAUUAGCCCAGAAGAAGUUCUCAAAUUAAAAAUGAAUAUAAGAAUAAAAAAAUCGGCCAUGCAGUUUCAAUCAAACCUGGAAAGAUACAAUGUGCCUGAGGAAAUAAUCAUGAAUAUGCCAGUUUGUGUUGCUGGGAAUAAGAGGCACAUCAAAUUACCUGUCACUGAUAACUGGAUAAAAACAUUAAUGGAUUGCUGCCAUAUGAGAGCUCUAAAUUUCCAAAGUGCUCAUCGAAUGAAAGGACAGUCACAAGAUAUGGGAAUGUAUUAUCUCAGUCGAGCAAUUGGAGGAACAGGUGGAGAUGUUGCACCAAUUGUUGGCAUACCAAUAGGAGUUACCAUAGGUUCUUUGGUUGCAUAUAAAAUGAUCAACAGCUUAUACUGGAGGAGAAUAAGAGAUGGAGAAGAAAAGGAAUUCUAUGACAGUAAAAAAAUUGAUGAAUUAACAAAAAAACUAAAAUGACAGAAAAAUAUUUUUAUAAUCAUAAUUACUAUAAUGACUUGUGACUUAUACUAUGAUUUAUUAAUUAUUUCACAUGCAUUGUAGCAACUUUGAAAGUAUUGUGGUGACAAACAUACUGUGAGCAACUCGGUGUGUUUGUCACCCAGUACCACGUGAUAGGUUCAGAGUAUAUA